AUGGCGGAAACUGUAUUAAGCGGUGCUGACAUUGGUGUUGUUGCAGCAUACUUUGUGGCUAUUAUUGGUGUUGGAAUUUUUGCAAGUUGGAGGUCUAAUAGAGGUACUGUCAGUGGUUAUUUCCUUGCUGGGCGGUCCAUGUGGUUUUUACCGAUAGGUGCUUCGUUAUUCGUGAGUAAUAUUGGUACAGAACAUUUUAUUGGGUUAGCUGGUUCUGGAGCAGGAAGUGGUAUAAGUGUUGGUGCUUGGGAGUUUAAUGCACUGUUUAUGCUACAACUAUUAGGAUGGUUAUUUAUUCCAGUGUAUAUAGCUUGUGGGACGUACACCAUGCCAGAAUACCUCUCCAAAAGAUUUGGUGGUUCGCGAUUGCGGGUUUACUUUGCCUUUGCAAGUUUAGUUUUAUAUAUAUUUACAAAAUGUUCUGGAGAUUUAUACACAGGGGCACUUUUUAUACAGCAAUCUUUAAAAUGGGAUUUAUAUCUAUCUAUUGUCAUACUUGUUCUUAUAACAGCUACACUGACAUUAACAGGAGGACUAACGGCUGUUAUCUACACUGAUACUUUGCAAGCCUUUCUUAUGGUGGGAGGUGCACUUUACUUGAUGGGAGCGGGGUUUAUAGAGAUAGGUGGUUUUUCUGGAUUGCUUGAGAAAUACCCUCAAGCUGUUCCUACAAACGUAUCUUAUAUUGUACCUAAUACCACUUGUCAUUACCCUGAUAAACAGGCAUUCCGAAUGUUACGUCCAGUAGAUGAUGAUUAUAUGCCAUGGUUAGGAUUUCUAGUGGGACAAACACCUGGAUCUAUCUGGUAUUGGUGUGCUGACCAGGUAAUAGUCCAGAGAUUGUUAGCGGCUAAAAACCUAGCUCAUGCUCAAGGUGCUUCAUUAAUGGCUGGAUUUAUUAAGAUAUUACCAAUGUUUAUGAUGGUGAUGCCUGGCAUGAUCAGUAGAAUUUUAUAUCCAAAUGAGGUAGCGUGUACCAAUCCUGAUAUGUGUUAUGAAAUCUGUCAGAGUAGAGCUGGUUGUACGAGCAUUGCUUAUCCAAAAUUAGUUCUUGGCCUCAUGCCUUCAGGUGCUAAAGGUUUGAUGAUGGCGGUAAUGAUAGCUGCGCUGAUGAGUGAUCUAGAUUCUAUAUUUAACAGUGCUAGUACGUUAUUUACCAUAGACAUCUGGAAAAGAUUCAGAAAGGCUGCAUCAGUAACAGAAUUAAUGAUCGUUGGCAGAGUAUUUAUUGUGGCAAUGGUAGGUGUAUCUAUAGCCUGGGUUCCAGUAAUAAAAGAAACACAAGGGGGUCAAGUCUUUAUUUAUAUACAGGAAGUAACGAACUAUAUUGCUCCACCUUUUGCAGCUAUCUUUUUGUUGGCUGUUCUUGUACCUAGAGUAAAUGAAACGGGAGCAUUUUGGUCUCUUAUGUUUGCAUUUUUGACUGGAGUGGUGCGUCUCUUCAUAGCCUUUAUGUUUCAAGGCGAGAAUAUUUGUGGAGUUAAAGAUACCUAUCCCCUACCACCGAUGAUUAAGAAAUUUCAUUACAUGUAUUUUUCAAUGUUUAUAACUGGUACUACUGCUAUUUUAGCUGUGUUUAUUAGUUACUGUACAGAAAAACCAGACCCUAAAUUUUUUUUGCUACUGUUUCCCAAAAAAAGAUGUGAUAAAAUAAAAAUACUUUAA